CUUUCAAUUUUUUAACUCUCUCCAACGAUAAAAAGCUUUAACGAUAUUCAAUUUCGUCGUGUCCUAAUUUUUUCGCUUUUAUUUAACCUGUUCAAAAUGAGGUGGGUUGGGAAUAAUGAAGGAUAAUAAUGAUGUUGAACUACAUCUGAUUUAAUAAAGCAAUCAAUCACCAGUGUGAGACGCGUCUACCUUACCGCGCGUGAAUCGGCUCAAUCGAAUCCCUAAAAAGAACCUGUUCAAAACAACGAUUCGGUCACGAAUCGGGCAUCACCAAAGCGCAGUCCGAACUCAGUCCCUCUCUUCAGCGGCAAGACUGAAGGGAUCAGAGAACCCACGUAGCACCAGAGCACAGUCCACCGGCUCAUCUCAGUAUGUGACAGAGAACUAUGUGGUGCUGAAGGAGGACGACAAAACAGACGGAGGUCGGCAAAUCUCAGGGUCGCCAAACUGCCCGUUCCUGGACAAAUUAAACGGGAGGCUCUCCAUAUUUAUGAUCCCUGGUUGUCCACAUCUUUGAACUGCCCAUCCUCCACCUCCAACCCCGAGAGCCGAAGCGUCAACAUCCACAUAGAAGCGAAGCCACCAUGGCUCCAGAAUUCUGUGAGUCACUUUGGUGAGCGUGGGGCCGUCAGAGGGCAGAAGACAUGUUGGGACAGAGGGCUGGGCACCGCAUUGAAGCUUGCUGUAGUAACCAUGGAAACGGUGUGGAGAAGUUUGGCCUGCAUUGGCAUCAUCGCCAUGGUUGCCAGUGGAGUUGCAGAGAGUUGGAGUCCUGAGGAGUUUGCUCAGUCUCAAGCUGAGUUUCUGUCCAGCUUGGGCCAGUAUGAGAUCGCCAUCCCAGUGCGUGUAGGGCCACAAGGGGAAACGCUAUCGGAAGAGGAGACCUCUCACAGGAAUGGCCGACACCGGCGUAGCACGGAAACGCAGAGCGUUCCAGAGCCGCAGCUGUACUAUCAGCUCUCCACAUCGAGCGCUGACCUUUUGCUCAACCUCACACUGCAGGGAGGACUACUCUCGCGACAGUUCCGCGUCGAAUACUGGAAGAGGGGCCGCUUGGCUUGGAGUCACCCAUACUUGCCCAGCUGCCACUAUGUGGGUCACCUGCAGCACCAGCCUCACUCUAGUUCUGUGGCUCUUAGCAACUGUAACGGCCUGCAAGGGGUCAUUGUAGCUGGAGGUGAAGAGUACCUUAUCGAACCCCUGGUUUCUGCUAAAAACUUCACUAAUGAGGAUGGCAGAGAAGGGCACCCCCAUGUGGUGUACAAACGGUCAUCUCUAAGAUACCAAAACAUGGACCAGUCCUGUGGAGUCAUUGAUGAAAAGCCUGGUAAAAGCUAUGGAUGGUGGCAGAGAACAAUAAAGCCCUCACCCAACCAGAUGGGACGGGGCCAGUUACCACUGAAGCGUUCUGUCAGCCAAGAACGCUACGUCGAAACCCUGGUGGUGGCCGACAAAAUGAUGGUCAGCUAUCACGGCCGUCGCGAUAUCGAGCAGUACAUUCUGGCUGUCAUGAAUAUUGUUGCCAAACUGUUCCAGGAUUCUAGCCUGGGGAACGCAGUGAACAUCGUAGUGACGAGGCUUAUUCUACUCAUGGAAGACCAGCCCACACUAGAGAUAAACCAUCAUGCAGGGAAGUCUUUAGACAGUUUCUGCAAGUGGCAAAAGUCCAUCCUGCACCGGAACGGACAUGGAAAUGCCAUCCCUGACAAUGGAAUUGCUCACCAUGAUACAGCAGUCCUCAUCACCAGGUAUGACAUCUGCAUCUACAAGAACAAACCCUGUGGAACACUUGGUCUGGCACCUGUUGGCGGUAUGUGUGAGCCAGAGAGAAGCUGUAGCAUCAAUGAAGACAUUGGUCUGGCGACUGCUUUCACCAUUGCACACGAGAUAGGACACACGUUUGGGAUGAAUCAUGAUGGUGUUGGCAAUGAAUGUGGGGUGCGCAGUCAGGAGACCGCUAAACUCAUGGCUGCCCACAUCACCAUGAAGACUAACCCCUUCGUCUGGUCUGCCUGCAGCCGCGAUUACAUCACCGACUUCCUCGACUCUGGCAUGGGUUCCUGCCUCAACAAUGUUCCCCCCAAGCAGGAAUUUGUUUACCCCACCACAGCCCCUGGCCAAGCCUAUGAUGCAGACGAGCAGUGCCGCUUUCAGUAUGGAGUGAAGUCUCGUCAGUGUAAAUACGGGGAAGUGUGCAGUGAGCUUUGGUGCAUGAGUAAAGGGAAUCGCUGCAUCACCAGUAGUAUCCCAGCAGCCGAGGGCACCAUCUGUCAGACCAGCACCAUCGAAAAAGGGUGGUGCUACAAAAGAGUGUGUGUGCCAUAUGGAACACGUCCAGAGGGGAUAGAUGGUGGGUGGGGCCACUGGUCGCCAUGGGAGGAAUGUAGUCGCACCUGUGGGGGCGGAGUCUCAUCCUCUAUUCGCCAUUGUGACAGCCCCAGGCCAACAGUUGGAGGAAAAUAUUGUCUGGGAGAGAGGAAGCGCUUCAGAUCCUGCAACAUUGAUGAGUGCCCAUCCGGAUCUCAGGAUUUUCGGCAGAUUCAGUGCUCGGACUUUGACAGUGUUCCCUUCCGGGGGAAAUUCUACACCUGGAAGCCGUACAGGGGUGGUGGAGUGAAGUCAUGUUCUCUGAACUGCCUGGCAGAGGGCUAUAACUUCUACACUGAGCGCGCUCCAGCUGUGGUGGACGGCACACCUUGCAGGGACGACUCUCUGGACGUUUGUGUUAACGGCGAGUGUAAGCAUGUGGGCUGUGACCGGAUCCUAGGCUCGGAUGUUCGGGAAGAUCGCUGCCGCAUUUGUGGAGGAGAUGGGAGCAGCUGCCAGGUCAUCGAGGGGGUCUUCAAUGACUCCUUGUCUGAAGGAGGUUAUGAGGAGGUGGUCAGAAUCCCCAAAGGAUCUGUAUUCAUACACAUCCAAGAGCUCAACGUCUCUCACAAUUACUUGGUGUUGAAGAGCAAAGGGGAUCAGUACUUCAUCAACGGCAAGCUGACCAUCGACACGCCAAGACACUUCGACAUCGCGGGAACCACCUUCCACUACCGCAGACCCACCAAUGAACCAGAGACCCUGGAAGCACUUGGGCCCACCAACAUGACCCUGAUCGUCAUGGUGUUGGUCCAUGAGGAAAAUCCUGGGAUCCAUUACCGUUUUAACCCACCUGUCAACAGAGAUCCCCUGAGCAGUUAUGCCUGGCAUUAUACAUCCUGGUCCCGCUGCUCUGCACUGUGUGCAGGAGGGGUUCAAGUCCAGCAGGUAGUGUGCAAGAAACAAGCUGAUCUCUCUGUGGUGUACAACCACUUCUGCGACAAGAAAAACAAGCCCAAAGACAAGAAAAGACCCUGCAACUUGGAGCCCUGCCCUCCAAUGUGGUGGACAGGAGACUGGUCAGAUUGCAGUCGGAGCUGUAACGGAGGAGUGCGUACACGGGAAGUGCUGUGUAAAAGAAAGAUCUCGGCAACAGAGGAGAAAGUCCUGGAUGAUGCGGCCUGCACCGCCCAACGGCCUUCCAUCACUGAGCCCUGCAAAAACCACACCUGCCCACCAGAAUGGCAUGCCCUGGACUGGUCUGAGUGUACUCCAAGCUGUGGUCCGGGUUACAGGUACAGAGUGAUUUUGUGCAGAAGUGGAGAGAACGGUGAAACAUUGCCAGAGUCAGAGUGCCCGAAACAAAGCCGCCCGACCACCAGGGUGCGCUGCAACAUACAACGCUGUCCACCACCUCAGUGGGUUACAGGACCCUGGGGAGAGUGCUCAGCUAUGUGCGGUAUGGGUCAAGAGAUUCGUUUAGUGCAGUGUCUGACACACACUGGCCAGCCAUCUAAUGAGUGCCCCGAGACACAUCGUCCCACCUCCAUGCAGCAGUGCAAGAGCAAGUGUGAUAAAAAUGGCCCUACAGAUAACCCUGAAGAGUGUAAAGAUGUGAACAAAGUGGCAUACUGCCCCCUGGUGCUCAGGUUCAAAUUUUGCAGCCGUGCAUACUUCAGACAGAUGUGCUGCAAAACCUGCCAAGGACACUGACCUCCCUCCCUCUCUCUCUUGCUCUCUCUCUCUCUCUCUUACUCACUCUCUAUGUCUCUCUCUCUUGCCCCCAUUUUCUUCCCUCUCCACCCUCCAGUCUUCUUGCAUGGCCAGAAACACCCAUACUCAGCAUUCCGCUGGAGGAGUGCUGUUAACCACUGGCAGACUGACAUCAUCGCGAGAGAAAGCGUGGAAGAAAUGAGAGCAAGAGAGAGACGUGAAAAGAAAGAGAGAGAGAAAGUCUGUGCUGCUCUCUUUCUCUCCCUCUGACCAGCUACUUUGGCACUGCUGCUGUGAAUACCAGUCUGCCUAAAAGACAUCCGUCAGUGUUUCUUUUGCUUUUCCAUGUGGUGCUUUCGGCCAUCACUGUCAUACAG